AUGGAAGUACAGAAUUUUUAUCCCCGACGAAACAAAACACUCGCUGCACGUGCUUUCCUUGCAGUCGCCUUGAAAUAUCUCCCUGCCGACGACCGCGAUUGCGCAUGCGAAUAUGUGCUAGCCGACAGCGAUACUCCAUAUUCAGAACUUGAGUCGAUAAGGCAAAACGCAGGUUUCCUAGUGAAGUUCAUCGCCGAGUCCAUGCGUCACGACUCCGGUUUCCCGCGCGACGCGUUCACGAGGCAUAUACGCGAUGAGGGUCGACACUGGCUCCUAUGGUCUACUGGUUUCGGCGUCGCGCAAGGCGAGAUCGAGGCGUGCUAUGGAGAGUUGCGGACGAAGACUCGCUGGAAGCAGCCAGCUUGGACUCGGUGUCUAGUGUUACAGGACGAGCGGCCGAUCUUGGAGCGCUUGUGCGAGAUUCUUGAGCGCAACAUUCGGGCCCUCCAGGAUGCCCCGCCAGUGCGUAUCGCUCCUUCGAGCGCAGAUAUCAAAGUCGUCGACAGGAUUCGCGCGUUCUGCAAGGCGGCCUGCCGCUGGAUUCUCGAGCAGUCAUACUCAUGGCACUUCUAUGUGACCGGAUUCUGGGCUGCCGCUCUGCGCAAGGGGCUCGCCAACCAUCACGACGCGAUGCGAGACUUCCGGACAUACGCGCUCUGGAUCAUCGUUCCCUACGUACUCGUCAAGUUCUUUGUCUGGAUCUUCGACCAUAGAUGCAGAUCUGACACCGAAAUUGCGGAGGCGAAUCUAUGGGAUAUCCGCGUUCGCUCACGUCAAUGGCUUUCGGCAUGGAAAGCGCUCCUGGGCGUUGCACAGAUGAUCCUGCGUGACGAGGGUCUAUAUGAGAAAAAGCAGCAGCAUCUAGAUCUUAUACUCGACAAGAUGGAUCAGCGGUUUCACUACACGCCUCUAACAUCCGAGGCGUUCGAUCCCCCGACGGUCCUCGAAUCUCUCAACCUGGGCGCUGUCGCCGUCUUGGAUCGUGAAGGCCUGGCUAGGGACGCCGUCACCCAGAUGAGCCCCUUCAUCGAGAGAGCCUUGUCGACAAACCAAUCGCAACUCCCCAAAGAUGAUGAGGAGACAUCCCGUGUGCGGCUCGACGCCCUGGUAUCGGAAGCCUGCGACGAGAUGGAUGUUCAAGAUGCCCUAUUCAGGUUCCUCGUGCGCGCGGACUACGAGCCGCCCAACUUGCGGUUCGUAGUUCACGAACAUGCGCCUUCUCUACUAUCGCACGCCAUCCGCGAUCUGCUCCAAACCCUCAAGACGUUGACAGAGACAGGGCCGGUGCCGGCCACCCUUAAACCCUGGAUGGACAACGUGCAUGCACGUGUUGCCUGGAUUGGCGGACUUAGGCGCGCGCAGACGGAGAUACAUACGCAGUUGGGGAUGCUGCACGAGGCGCCCAAUCGGGAGCAAUUGCAACGAGUGCAUGAUGUGGUCGAGCACCAUCUGCGUUUAUUGCAGGGCGUUCCGGUAGCGUCUUUCCGCGAUCUUUUCGCCACUUCACGCAAGAACCAGCUGACGCUCAUCUUCGGGGAAGUCUUCAAGUGCUUCACCUACGACCUGGCCUCUCUCUUCUACCCUUUCAUGCCGACCAUCGUAGGCGGAAACGGCAUCUACGACUCCAUCUUCGUCGUCGCGUGCAAUAUGACGCUCUGGAGGAGGGCGGAACACUACAGCAAGCAGGCGUUCUGGGGACUGUGGCGAUAUGCGGACGCAUGUGAGUACGAUGCCUUCGCUGCACCUGUCGAUCGCGACCAUAUGCAUGUGAAGAGCGUCUUCGAGGCGAUCGCGCGCAUCGAAUUCUACUCCCGCUACCACCUCGUCAACUGGAAGGCGCUGCAAAUCGCUAUUUGGACGGUCCUCGAGACAGAUGUUCUAGAGGAUGCCGCGUCGCUCGACAGCACGCUCAAUCUCCUAACGAGUGUCAACGCGCGCGCCUCUGCAAAGGAAGUCAGCAAUGCGCUCGACUCGGCGAUGAACGCAAGAUGCAAGUACUCGAGGAAGGAGCCCUAUGCACGCGCGGACGUCGUGCGCCGCAUGAUCGACGAAUUCUAUCCACGCUUCCAGGAUGAGGCGAGUCUUCGCGGCCUUAAGCGAGGGAGGCGGGAGCAGCUAGAGGACCAGGGCGUGAGUUUAGACGCGGACACGAACGUCGAGGGCCCGCUUCGGCGGCGCUACCGGGCGGACACAUCUCUGCGAGACAAGUGA